AUGGCAGAUCCGGUCUAUAGUUUUGAAAAAGUCGAAGAUUUCUUCUCACAUUACGAGUCUUGGACAAAACUUGGCAAUGUUCUCAGUCAUAACUACGAUCCUAACAUUCGUACACUUACCUUGAUUAUCGAAGGUGGAUACCCUCAAGGCCAGUCAUGUUGUCUCCUCAUUCAGCUGCUUGGAUAUAGUGUUUUUCGCGUGCGCUUUGACCCAAGUAAGAGAAGCGCUGAUGAAUAUAUUACAAACAACUCUCGAGCAGUAGUUAUGGACACAUGGGCAGAUCUUCAGAAUGAGUGGGGUCAAUUUAGCACAAACCUUAAUGACGGUCAAGAUAUGAUUAGUAUCGAUACAGUACACAUUAAUGAUAGUACACGGUACAUAAAAAUUGAAAUAGGUCUUAAGCCUUUCUCUAUUCGAGUUUAUCGAUUUGAGGGUGGACAAUUAUACUCAAUUUGGUCAACUAAUGAGGAAAUAGGAUUACGUUGGACUGAAGUCAGAGAUCAACUAAGUUCUGGUAGUGUUACAAAUACUUUUAAAAUCAUUCAGGUGGUAAACAAACCUACAGCUGCAAAAUACGCAGGAUUUGGUGAACAUGGAGGUGUCGGCCUAUUUAAAAAUUCACAACAACUCACCUUCUUCAAUUAUGAUAAUUAUGGAUAUGGUCAAAUUUAUGGUCAAGGACCUCUGGAUCAACGCGAGCCUCUUUACCACUCAGAUCCUUUUUUCAUGGAAUUCAAUGGGGUUCCUGGAAAAGAAUCGGUCAUUGGCAUGUAUAUUGAUAAUUACUCACUUAUUUGUAUGGAUAUUGGCUAUGAGAAGUCCGAUAGAAAUAUGUUUGGCAUUAAAUUUGGUGAACUCGAUUAUUACGUAUUUUCUGGAAAUGAAUGCAAGGACAUUAUUAAUAGUUUCACAAGUCUAGUCGGACAUGUAGAGGAUACCCUCCAAAAAUACAGAGAUAACAAUAUUCCAAUUGAUGGCCUUCAUAUUGACAUAGAUUCUCAAAACAAUUAUCAAGUUUUUACCUUAAAUCCUGUAACUUUUCCAAACCCUAAAGAAAUGUUUGAUAAUUUACGACUUAAUGGUGCAAAAUGUUGUGUUAAUGUUACUCCAAUUAUCAAAAAAGGUGAUAAUGAUUAUGUACCAUACAAAGAAGCUAUGGCGAAUGGCUACUUGAUUUUAGAUCAACGUGUUCAAAGUUCUUCUGGUGAUUUACUCCAGCAAUACUUCGAAGGAGGUCAUGAAGUGAUAGGAAAAAUGACCAUAGAUGACAAUCUCAGUGGUGUUUCCGUACCAUAUACUGGCAUGGAGGAUUAUGGUUAUGGUAAUAUCGUCUUGGGUCACUAUCCGGACCUUGGUAAGAAAGAGGUCAGAGAUUGGUGGGGUAAACAGUAUGAAACUCUUUUUUCAUGGGGAUUAGAAUUUGUUUGGCAAGACAUGACAACUCCAGCUAUUGAUAAAUCUCGAGGCGAUAUGAAAGGAUUUCCUUUCAAACUUCGUAUUACAGACGAUUCUUUAUCUGCUACAACACCUUCAUUAAAUCCUGCUCUCAAAGUGUGGAACCUUUUUUCUUAUAAUCUACAUAAAGCAACUUAUCAUGGCCUUAAUCUUCUCCCCAGUCGCGAAGGAAAACGAAAUUUUAUAGUAGGUCGUGGUAGCUUUACCGGAUCCCAUCGGUUUUGUGGUUUGUGGACUGGAGAUAAUGCAUCAACAUGGAGCUUUUAUCGAAUUAAUAUUGCACAGGUAUUAGCCGUUGGACUUUCAGGACUUUCAAUAGUAGGAGCAGAUAUUGGAGGGUUUGGUAAAGGUGAGGAUAAUGGAGACUGGGCUAGUCCUGAACUAAUUAUUCGAUGGACAACCGCUGGAUCAUUCCUACCAUGGUUUAGAAACCACUAUGUAAAGAAAAUCGAUGAGACAAUCAAUGGUAUUGACUUUAACAGUAAUCAAUUCUUUGUUGGCAAAGAUAUUCUUGUAGCACCUAUAAUGGACCCUGAUGCUACUAAACGAGAUAUUUAUUUGCCAAUCACAGAUUACUGGUAUAAUUUUAUGGACAGUAAAUUCCCACUAGCAGGUGCAGUUAAAGGUGGCACAACAGUUCGAAACUUUGAUGCACACAUUGAUGGUGAUGACUACAAUCAUUUGAGGUUUAUUGUUCCAGUAUACAUUCGUGCUGGAGCUAUAAUCCCAGAAAUCCCACUAGAGCAAUGGGUAGGGCAACUUCACGAAAAUGGUAAACCUUGCAAUAUCACCCUUAAUAUUUAUCCGGGAAAACAAGGCAAUUAUACUAUGUAUUUGGAUGAUGGUGUUAGUCUUUCUUCGGCACCACCUGAUGCACCUCAAUACAAAUACAUGGAUCCAGAAGAAAAAAAGUGGGCAAAGGGAGAAUACCGAGAAGUAAAGAUCGAACAUGUUCAGUCUGGAAUUAAUCGCGAUAUCAAAAUCUCGCGAGGUAGGGAUAAUUACACACCUCCUUUAGAAACGUUCUACCGUGUGGCUAUACUACAUGAUCCCUCAGAAUCUUUUCGAGGUUCAAAUGGACCUUUAAUGUCCAUCACUGUUAAUAAUCAAGUGUUAAAAGAUCCUAACAAUGAUAUGGUUUUAAGUAACGAUAAUAUUAAUCCUGUUAAUAGUUGGUAUUAUGAACCAUCAAUUAAAGUCACUUAUAUUAAAGAACUUAAAGGUGAAAAAAGACUUAUAAUUGAAGAACUAUUGUUGUCUUUUUUCUAUGAUAAAUGCCACGAACGAAUGCACGAGU